AUUAUAAGACCGCCGCGACCUCCGCGCCUGGAGUCCGGGUCUCUACGGCGGCUUCUGGGAAGGAGCUCCUCCGGCUGCAUCCGCAGAGGCGUGCGUGGAAGCUCGGAGGGCCGAGGGAGGGAGGACCCUGCGAGAGCCGCGACUCCCACUGGGGCCAUGGACUCGGACGCCAGCCUGGUGUCCAGCCGCCCGUCGUCGCCGGAGCCCGAUGACCUUUUUCUGCCGGCCCGGAGCAAGGGCAGCGGAGGCGGCGGCUUCACAGGAGGCACCGUGUCCUCGUCCACGCCGAACGACUGCCCGCCGGAGCUGAGCGCCGAGCUGCGCGGCGCCAUGGGCGCGGCGGGCGUGCACCCCGGGGACAAGCUGAGCGGCGGCGGCGGCUUCAAGUCGUCCUCGUCCAGCACCUCGUCGUCCACGUCGGCGGCGGCCGCGUCGUCCACCAAGAAGGACAAGAAGCAGAUGACAGAGCCCGAGCUGCAGCAGCUGCGCCUCAAGAUCAACAGCCGCGAGCGCAAGCGCAUGCACGACCUGAACAUCGCCAUGGACGGGCUGCGCGAGGUCAUGCCUUACGCCCACGGCCCGUCCGUGCGCAAGCUCUCCAAGAUCGCCACGCUGCUGCUGGCGCGCAACUACAUCCUCAUGCUCACCAACUCGCUGGAGGAGAUGAAGCGGCUGGUGAGCGAGAUCUACGGCGGGCACCACGCCGGCUUCCACCCCUCCACCUGCGGCGGCCUGGCCCACUCCGCGCCCCUGCCCGGCGCCACCGCACACCCCGCGGCCGCCGCGCACGCCGCGCACCACCCCGCCGUGCACCACCCUAUCCUGCCUCCCGCUGCCGCCGCUGCGGCUGCGGCUGCGGCGGCCGCCGCGGUGUCCAGCGCCUCCUUGCCGGGCUCCGGGUUGUCGUCUGUCGGCUCCAUCCGGCACCCGCACGGCCUGCUCAAGUCUCCGUCCGCUGCCGCGGCGGCCCCGCUGGGGGCCGGGGGCGGCGGCGGCGGGGGCGGCGGCGGCUUCCAGCACUGGGGCGGCAUGCCCUGUCCCUGCAGCGUGUGCCAGGUGCCGCCGCCGCCGCACCACCACGUGUCGGCCAUGGGCGCGGGCAGCCUGCCGCGCCUCACCUCCGACGCCAAGUGAGCCGGCGAGGGCCGGCGCGUUCUGGAGAGCGAGGGGCCGGAGGCUGCGGGGAAUCGAGGGCAGACCGGCGCUGGGCCUGGGGGCUCAGUUCCGAGGAGGAGCACAGGACCUUGGGCCGGGGGUGGGGUCGCUGGUGCGUGCGGACUCCACGCUCUCUGGAGCGCACUCAGCGGCGGGGGAGGGAGAGGGACAUUCGCUCCGGGACCUGGUUGAGCCCUCUCUGGCUUUACACAGCGCGGGUCCCGGAGACACCAGUUAAUCAGAAGGCACCGCUAAGUGCGCCCCUCCCCCAACACCACCUCUUCCCCCAAAAGAAAUUAUUCUAAGAGCCGGUUUCCCAGGAAACUCGGCCUCACUCCGCCUGGGCUGCGCAUGGUUACAUGGGGAAGGGUGUUGAGGACUUCCUCCCCUCCUUUCUGGGCCGGUUGGGGACUUCGGAGAGCGGCACCCCGGGACCCCGGCCCGCAGGCUCGCCCGGGGUCGUCUCUGACCCGGGCCAGGGCUACGAGUCCGUUGGAAGCGGGCGUUCCGUACCAGAAGCACUUACGGUGGCGGCCAGUCGCGGACCCCCGCCAACCGACCACCCUCCGAGAGCUGCGGCGGGCCCGCCCUGUGGCUCCUGUCGGUGUGCGGUCCGCGACUCGUUUUCAACGACAGGAACGAGCUGUAUAGCGGUCGGAACAGAACCACCUGUGGAUCGAAAGAACCUGACACUGUCGACGCGGGGGGACGCUUUUUAAAAAUCAUUUUAAAAUGACCCCCCAGCCUUGUUCCCGUCUCUGAGCACCAAGCGGUCGGGUUCCGGGCGGAUCGGGGGCAGUCUGGGUGCCCGAGGGUUUGACGGGAUCGCGGUCUGCUGCUGGGACUGUAGCCCGGGUUACUGGGGGAUCCCGUCGGCUUUUUGGUUUUUUCUCUUGGAUGUGUAAAUACAAUCUCAGUAACGAGGGACGCGCGUGCUGCCGCCCCGAGGCUCACGGGACCGCCAGCCCGACCGGAGUCUGAGCCCGGUGUCCUCUCCAUCGGUUCCUUUUCGCCACUUUUAACACAAACGACAAACUCUUCCCACGAGCUCCUGCGCCCCCGCAAACGCCUCCGCGCCGCCAGCGUUGCGAUUCGGCUCCACCGCGUCCGCCACGUAACAUCCCUCCUCUGAUCGCUGCCCCUCGCAGAGAGUGUAUCAUCUGUUUUAUUUUUGUAAAAAGAAAA